GUAAAAAAACUUAAGUAGCAGGUAUCGGAUAGUCGAGAAACUAGACUACAGCGUAUUCUCUGGGUUUUUUUGGAAAUAUGUGCUGCGCUAGAUAAGCAACAACAACAUUUAAGCCUCUGCUUACCCAUUAAAACCCAAAAGGAUUCUUUUUACACAUCUACUACCUAUAAUGCUUUUUUCCAAACUUUAUUUGAGUUUUGUUAUCUAAGUCGUAGUGGAAUACACUGUCACCUUACACGAUCUUCUAAAUCUAAUGUAAUGGACAAUAAUCCGACGACCACUGUCUUGCUUGCUCAGAGCUCCUCGGUAAACAUGUUGCACGAUGAAUCAAUGUUACCGCAGCGAAAUGUAACAACAAGUGAGAAUGUUCCACCAACGUGUGCGGAGAAAACGUUGUUUUUGCUGUCCAUUAUUCUCAUAGUCCUUACCCUGCCGUGGUCCCUAUUCUGCUGCCUCAGGGUAAUGUCCGAGUACGAGCGGGCGGUAAUCCUGCGCCUGGGUCGCCUGCGCCCUAAGCCCCCGCGGGGGCCAGGCGUCAUCUUUCUCGUGCCCUGCAUUGAUGACAUCGCUGUCGUGGACAUACGCACCAGGUCAUUUGACCUACAUAGACAGGAAAUCCUCACUCGUGACAUGGUGACGAUCAGCAUCGACGGUGUGGUGUACUACAGCAUCAAGAGCCCCUUCGACGCUAUGCUGCAGGUAUGCGAUCCGGAGGAGGCAACCGAGAAGCUAGCAAUGACCACGCUGCGAAACGUGGCCGGCACCCACAAGCUAAUGGAUUUGCUCUCGUCGAAGGAGUACCUCUCCAACCAAAUAGAGGGAAUACUGUACAACUCCACAGAGCCCUGGGGCAUACGCGUGGAACGGGUCGAGAUCAAGGAGAUCUUCAUGCCUGAUCAACUGAAGCGCGCCCUGGCUGUGGAACAGGAGGCGAUGCGGGAGGCCAAGGCCAAGGUGGCCGCGGCGCAGGGGGAGCGAGAUGCGGUAACUGCUCUGAAGGAGGCUGCCGACAUAAUGGAGACCAACCCCAUAGCCCUGCAGCUACGGUACCUGCAAACACUGAACUCCAUCUGCAAUGAUAACACCAGGUCCUACGUCUUUCCUUUUCCUGUAGACAUUGUGAGGAACCUGAUGAAGUAGGAUUGAGUUCUUUAUGUGGGUCCCAUAUAAUGACUUCUCUAUUAAAUUUAAUUAUAUCGAAUUCUGUUUAUCUGAAGGGAACCUAAUCCGAAAUAUUUCCUCUGCACACACAGUUUCGAAAUCGUUUAACACCAUAUAUGAGGGACAUAUUACCACCAUACAGUAAGCUCAAUCAAUAUUUUCUACAAUUUUUAGGUCAGAGUGUAUUUGUAUUCAACUGAAGGCAUAGCUUUGCAAGUUACUAGCCAUAAACUCAAAAGAUUCCACUUGCCAUGCGACUUCACUGUCGUUGUACUUUCUAUUUGUUGUUUAUAUAUUUAAUUUAAAAAAGACCAAAUACAUAAUGUUCAAUAUUUGCCC